AUGGCCGAGAGCUCUGGGACGAAGUCUGUAGGCCUUGGCCGGUGCAGCUUUUCCCAGGCCCUGGCCGAUGCUGCAGAACAGGAGAGGACUCUAGCCACAGCGGAGGCACCAAAAGCUUUGCUUCCGUUCGGUGCUGGAUGCACUGCUAUCUUUGCGGCGGUGUGCGUCACGUUGAAGAUCUUCGAGGAAGACCCAGCCAACAAAGCCAUGGCCUUUGGCAUGGGCUCUGGGUGGUCUACUAGAACAGACAGCUUUGCUGCCUUGCUGGACGCGUGCUUUGCUUUGGCAUCAGUUAUUGGGGCCAUGGUGACGAAUGACCAAGCCUUGUUGGUGAUCUCAAAGUUGCGGCCACAAUUGCGCAACUUCGAGCAGGAGGGUGACACGGUCUACGAUGAUGAGCCGACUGAACUAGAGGAUGGUGACGUCGAGGUCGGAGCCAGGGCACGAAUUUCGCUGGCUUUUCUGAGCUUCAUAGCUUGCUUUCUUCCACUCACCUGGUUUGAAGCCGGAUUUCCGGCACUUUCUUUUGCAGGGAUCGCUGCGGAUGAAAUGGCCGUGAUCGUGUCUGCCAGUGCGGCUGCGCAGGCAGCCUUCAGCUUUCUUAUUGCCGAGAAGUUCUUUGCCGAUGCAGAACGCCGGGUUGCGGCACAGUCUCGACAAGCAGCCUUGUCCGAGCUGUUCUUUGCGCAGGCGCAAGCAGAUUCAGCCAUUUUGGGUGCUAACAGUGCCAUCAGCGCGACAAGCCUUGGAUUCGCAUCCACAGCGGCAGAGUUCUCGAGAGCAUGCUCGGCAGUUUCGCUUUGGCCCGCGGUACUCAGCACGUUUCGCUCAACCACAAGUUCACUCGCAUCCCGUGCCGAAGCAGAUGCUGCAUGGCUGGAGAGUCGUGCUUCACAGCGCAUGUUUGGGGCAACGGCGGGCGUGGACACCGUAUCUGCAGCAGUUCGAGACUUACGGCAGCUGCAGCUUGAUUUCUCACUGGAUGACUUCACGGAGUCUGUGCGGGCCGAGCUUCGAAGCCUUGAUGCAGACUGCAUGAAGGAUUUUCGGGGUCUCUCCACGGAACAACGGAGAAAAGUGCAUCUUGUGGCUGCGGAGCUGGGAAUGUUGUCGCAAUCCUUCGGCCUGUCGAGGCCUGGCACCCGGUCUCGGAGCGUUCGGGUCACGAACAUUUUAUCAAGUCGGGGAGCGCUUGCGGAUGAUGGCCCACCUGACGAGGGCUUCAUGAGUGAUUUCAAUACAUUCAUACAGAAUCUGGAGACGGAAAGAGUUCAAAUUCUGAGAAGUCUGCGACAAAGGGGGCAAACGGAGACCACGUUGGCGGGGUUGCUUACUGCUCUGAGCACGGCCUCUCCCUGGCUUCUGGGAAGUGGUGCAGCUGAACUGUUUCUGCCUCUGGCCACGGGAACUGUUGGGCUCUGCACCGCAUGGCAGGAGACAGCGGGAAAGGGUGCAGUGGCAACCGCCAAGAGGCAGAGCGCAUUUCUUUUGACCAGGGAAGCCCGGGCAGAGCUUUUUUUAGGUCGCGCGCAACUGGCAUAUGCACCAUUCCCAACCGACCUGGCAGUCGCAACCCUUGCCACGACAGCCACUGUGCUUUCAGCCGAGUUCUACACUGGCAACCUUUUAAGGUGGACAGCCUUGUCAAUGGUCAUUCCGGCAAUGGCAGCUUGUUCGGUAGCAAUGCACCGGCGGCACAAAGUGGAGAGGUUCGCGUCAGCUGGUAUGCGGUGUGUGGAUGCCAAGCCCACACCUUCCCGGCGGUCCUUCUGGAGACGGAAAUGGUGGCUUCUACCAGCAACGUGCGCGGUGAUUUGCCCGUGCGAUCUCUCUGGUAGUGCCACUGUUGCCUGCGCCGCGCUGUCAGCAGAGAUUGCGCUGGCAAUGUCCGAAAGCUUGUCCUAUGUGGCUGAUGCAGAAGGAAGCAUCGCAAGGGCCAGCCGUGCCGUUGCUACCGCUGAAGCCUGGUCGCAGCUCGCGCAGUUCUCGGUCCGGGCACUGCCGGCGCGCACUUCCCUGGCUGUGGUUGCCACUUUGGUCGCUACCGCGCUGGUCGAGUUCUCCUUGCCCCUGUGUGCAUUGUUUCCUGCACUGGGUGCAGCAGUUCUUGUACGCUCAGUUCAGCUCAACAGGCAAGCCCAAACGGCGGCUGAGAAGUUGGAAAAGGAUUUUCUGGACAUGCAGAAAGUUAUGAAGGCGGAGCCAUGGGCACAACUGCGGCGACUGUCUGGCGAAGGUCGGAUCAGAUUGUCGAGAGAGAGGCCAGCAUCCAGGUGGAGCUUUGAUCCCGGCAUUCUGACCCGCAUCAACUUGAACAGACUUCGACGGGGCUUCAUCAGGCUGAAGAAUGUUUGGGAAGAUCGAGGCCCAGCUGAGGCGUACAAACCAGCACCAGCUGAGCAGGCAGUUCAAAGUGUCCAGCGAAAUCUACAGGAGUUUCGCACAUUGACAAGGUUCAACUCUAGGACUUGGUUUCGCACCUUGUCCGUGGUGGGCCUGGUCGCUAUGGCUUCAGUGCUACAGCCAUGGUUUCUCUUUUCCAGCAGCGAGGUUGUGUUGCCGGUGGCAGGGGCUGUCUUAACCAUUUUUGUUGCGGCUUCAGAAAGUGAUGCUCGUCGAAGUGUCUCCGCGGCCAAAGUGAAAGCAGCGGACAUCAAGGCCGCCACCAGCACCCUGGAGGAGCUGUCUGCAUCUGCCAUGCAGUUUCGCUCGCAACUGGUGGCUUGGGCCGGUGUCACUGCGGCUACCUGUGUUCUGUCUGUCAUUUCCAGCAAGCAUUGGCCUCUUGCAGCAAGGUAUCAGUGGCUGAGCUGUGCUCAGCAAUGCUGGAGGCUUUUAUUGGUGAGCUCGCAUAUUGGUGCUGCCAUCGCCAGUGUGCUGCCAGUCAGAGCGGUCCUGCUUUGGACAUCACAAGUCAGACUUGGGCUGCCACCUUCCAGGACGGCACUAUCACCAUCACCAUUGGAACCUGGGGCUAUGUCCCGCGGACAACUUCCAGAAGGUAGCCGAUGGUUCGACCUGGUUCGUGGAAGAGGCAUGUGGCUGCUACAGCUUUUGGCAGCACUCCCAGGCAUCCUUCUGACAUUCUUUCCGUCUUACAGGAGCUUCGAAGAGCGGACAGUUGCAUCAACGGCGGCAAGCAGCUUCGUGGUCGCUGCCAUGCUCUUCCUAGCCGAACGAGCGCUCUACCGAGCGGAGCUGCUCAUAGCCGGGAGGCGAAUAACUUUCGCACUGACAGAUACGUUGGCAAAUGAGGCUGAACAACAAAGUGCGCUGCUGCCUGUCGCGACGGCAGCCACGAUAGCAGUGUCUGCUGCUGUCACUUUCGGUGUCGAGUUGAACCCGUUCGCCGCUUCGGCAUUGGCACUUCUCCAGGCGAUAACUUGGGUUCUGGCAUCCAGGAAAGCUCUGGAAGCCAAGUUUGGAAGUGAUGCAGCGGUGCAGGUGGCCACAGUAACCGACGGCCGCUGCUUAGCGCGGCCUGGGCGGCUACCCGAGGAUCAGCAGGAGUUCAAAGCCAGGCAAGGGCUGCGGGGCGCAAGUUGGGGCCCGCCGGGCGCCCCACAGCUUUAUAGUGGCAAAGAGGCGUGCAUCGUGGAGAAGGCCAACGGCACGGGUUCGACAAGAGAGGCAGUGCCCUUGCGCUUCGUUGGAAUGGGUUGCUCUUCCAGCCAUGCGGCGAAGGUGCAUCCGUCUGGCGUGGUUCCUUCAAGCCACGGGAGCCCUCCUCCUGCAUCUCCUCAAACGUCACCAUUGCCACCAGCGGGUUCAGCAGUGCCACAUGGGUCGAGCUUACCAGUGGAGGUUCAAGAAGCAGUACAUUUGCCAGAAAGCAGGCCAGCGCCCGUCAACGGGAACUCAAGCGAGGUGGCAAGCCCUAAAGCAAAGCCCAAGGCAAAGCCUUUGACUUUGAUCAAGGCAAUUAAAGCGAAUGAUUUGACGUCGUUAGACGAACUCCUGCAGUCACCAGAGUGCAAUUUGGAGGUCCUUGGAAUGUGGGACAAUACACCACUGCUGGCCGCGUGCAUGUAUGGCCAUUCCGAGGCUGCUGUCCAACUCAUCGCUCAUGGGGCCAACAUUUUCGCCAGGAACGAGCAUGGGGCAACGCCCCUGCUUUAUGCUUCUGUGGAGGGCAAGAUUGAUGUGGUCGACGCGUUGAUUCAAGCUGCUAUAGGAAGUGGCGCUGGCAACGGCUCGAAGCUGGUCAAUUGUGAGCCCGCCAAGGUCUAUAAUCGUCACCUGGACGCAUAUGGUCAGCGAACUCCUGUGGGGGCUGCUGCUGAAAGUGGCUUCGUGGAGUUGACCCGUGCGUUGCUUGAUGCCGGGGCAUUGCCGGAUGAAGUGGACGAGGACCACCGGAGUCCGUUGUGGCUGGCCGCUCGUGCCAGCCGACCUGGAGUCGUAAAGCUGCUUCUUCAGCAUGGGGCAGACGCGUCCCGGUGCGACAAGGAUGGCGUGUCAGUUCUGGGCGCUGCAGCCGCUGGUGGAUGCAAUGAGGAAGUGGUAAUGGCCAUCCUUGCACAUGGCAUCGAUGUCAAUGCUACAGCUGGGUCACCGUUGCGCGAUGCUGUAAAGGCAUCCAAGAAGUCCGUCGUGGAAGCCUUGCUGACUCAUGGCGUCGGUGUCAACGGAGCUGCAAACGCUGGUGCCACUGCACUACAUGCAGCCUGCGAACGUGGUGACGAAUAUUUGGUGCAAUUGCUUGUUCGUUCCCGUGCCGAUCCUUCAUUGAAUGACCUAUCCGGGUUGACGGCAUUUGAUUUGCUGCGACGUCGUGGCCUUUCUGAUGGCAAAAUUGUCACACUGUUAAGCCCACCAGCUGCCAGUGGAGAUGAUGGUGGAACGGGCAGCUUGGGGCACAUGGCCGGGUCAGGCUGA